AUGCGUGCCGCAGUCUGCCAGCAGCGUACGUCUUCUUCAGGAUGCUCGGCGCUGUUUCCCCGCUAUCGUCGACAUUUCUCGCUCGCCCCCUUCGGCAUCGACCAGGUUUGGGACCUUACCGACACGGCGGUGUCCGCCGGGGAUCCGUCCGUGGUGGGCGGCGUCCACAUGUCGUUCAGCUAUGACCGCGUGUUCGGGCCCGAGGCCACCCAGGAAGAGGUCUACCGCGAGGUCGAGCCAGCCAUCCAGGAGGUGCUCGGGGGCGUGAACGCCGCGGUGCUCUGCUACGGCCAGACCUCCGCGGGGAAGACGUUCACGAUGGAGGGCCUGGAGGGCGCGGGCUGCGGGGAGGAGCUGCGCGGCAUCGCCCAGCGGGCCUUCGCCACCCUCUUCGACGGCGCCGGGGCAGGCGGCAUCCGCUGCUUCCGCCUGUCCAUGCUGGACAUUUACCAGGAGCGGUUGCGAGACUUGCUCUGCCCCGACAGCAGAGCGGACCUCAAGGUGAUGGAG